AUGAACGAAAAUGAAAAAAUGAUUAAUAAUGAUUUAAUAAUUCAAUAUAACAAGCAUUUAAUCGAUAGUGAGGAAAAGAAAGUUCUUUUUGAAAUUUAUAUUGAUAAAGAGUUUGCCAAAAACAAGUUUGAGGAAGAAAUUAAGCAAAUUUUAGAAGAGACGACUAAUAGUAAAAUAAAAAUAGUUGUUAAACUUAAUUUAGAUUAA